UGCGAGGUCCCCGCCGGCCCCCAGCGGCCUCCCCGGCCCGGGGCGCUCCCAGAACAAACGAGGCCCCUGAGAGCUCCAGCUAGUUCACAGGAUAAAAUCCCACAGCAGAACUCGGAGUCAGCAAUGGCUAAACCCCAGGUGGUUGUAGCUCCUGUAUUAAUGUCUAAGCUGUCUGCGAACGCCCCCGAAUUUUACCCAUCAGGUUAUUCUUCUACUUACACAGAAUCCUAUGAGGAUGGUUGUGAGGAUUAUCCCACUCUGUCAGAAUAUGUUCAGGAUUUUUUGAAUCACCUUACAGAGCAGCCUGGCAGUUUUGAAACUGAAAUUGAACAGUUUGCAGAGACCCUUAAUGGCUGGGUUACAACAGAUGAUGCUUUGCAAGAACUUGUGGAACUCAUCUAUCAACAGGCCACGUCUAUCCCAAAUUUCUCUUACAUGGGAGCUCGCCUGUGUAAUUACCUGUCUCAUCAUCUGACAAUUAGCCCACAGAGUGGCACCUUCCGCCAGUUGCUACUUCAAAGAUGUCGGACUGAAUAUGAAGUUAAAGAUCAAGCUGCGAAAGGGGACGAAGUGACUCGAAAACGAUUUCAUGCAUUUGUACUCUUUCUGGGAGAACUUUAUCUUAACCUGGAGAUCAAAGGAACAAAUGGACAAGUUACAAGAGCAGAUAUUCUUCAGGUUGGUCUUCGGGAGUUGCUGAAUGCUCUCUUUUCUAAUCCUAUGGAUGACAACUUAAUUUGUGCAGUAAAAUUACUGAAGUUGACAGGGUCGGUUUUGGAAGAUGCCUGGAAGGAAAAAGGAAAGACUGAUAUGGAAGAAAUUAUUCAGAGAAUUGAAAAUGUUGUCCUAGAUGCAAACUGUAGCAGAGAUGUAAAACAGAUGCUCUUGAAGCUUGUAGAACUCCGGUCAAGUAACUGGGGUAGAGUCCAUGUAACUUCAACAUACAGAGAAGCAACACCUGAAAAUGAUCCUAACUACUUUAUGAAUGAACCAACAUUUUAUACAUCUGAUGGUGUUCCUUUCACUGCAGCUGAUCCAGAUUACCAAGAGAAAUAUCAAGAGUUACUUGAAAGAGAAGACUUUUUUCCAGAUUAUGAAGAAAAUGGAACAGAUUUAUCAGGGGCCGGUGAUUCAUACUUGGAUGAUAUUGAUGAUGAGAUGGACCCAGAGAUAGAGGAAGCUUAUGAAAAGUUUUGUUUGGAAUCAGAGCGUAAGCGAAAACAGUAAAGUUAAAUUUCAGUGUAUCAGUUUUAUAAAGCAGUUUAGGUAUGGUGAUUUAGCAAAAUUUCAGCAUAUCAGUUUUAUAAAGCAGUUUAGGUAUGGUGAAAAGCAAGAAAAUGUGUCACACUUAUACCAAAUUAAGGAUGUUGAGUUAUAUUACUAAUGUAUGCAACUUUAAUUUUGUUUAACACUAUCUGCCAAAAUAAAAUUUAUUCCCUAUAACUUAAAAUGUGUAUAUAUAUAAAAUAGUUUAUUAUGUACAGUUAAUUCCACUGUUUUGGCUGCAAUAAAAUCAAUUUUGAAAUAAAAGAAAUGUUGAAAGUAAAUCUUGCUAGCUGGUUAGAUUCUUAUUCUUUAAAUUCUACUUUUCUUGAGGGGAAAGUCUUAGUCUGGAAGUACGUAUUACUGCAUAAAUGUAGCAUCCUUUUAGAUAUGAGUAAUUUUCAUUUUAAUUUAACAUUUAGUGUCUCAAUGAAUUGAGUUUCAAAUGUGAAUCACAAUCAUGAAAAUCUUUAGCACUAAAGUUUUAGAAUAUAUCAUUAACUACUGAUUUACAAAUGCAGAUGCUAUUUGAUACCAAGGGCUUUAAAAACGUUUAAAAAAAAAAACUUGGAGAACUCCCAGCUAAAUGACCAAGACUCUUCAUUGAGGAUUUAUUCCAGUUCUAGAAUUGUUCAUUUUUCCUGACUAACUUCAUUACCCUAAGGCCUUGAACAUUAUUCUUUGUUUAUACGGCUUUCUCAUUUUUAUUUUGUAGCAUGGGUUGCAUUGACUUUUUUACUAGAGAAUUUUACUAGAUAUUUGUCAUUCAAGUUUUCAUCUGCUUUAUAAUUGAUACACCUUGAGGAUCACUUUUCUAAUACUUUUAUUAUAAUGUGGUACCACCUCAGCCCUAUUUAAGUAAUAUUUUUACCUAAUGUCAAUCUUUUUCCAACUAACUGAAAGGAAGAUGUAUGUACAAAAGAAUUGCUUGUAAAUAUGCAUGUAAAUAGUUCUGUUAAUAACCCACUGUUUUACAUUUAGUACGUCUGUGUCUGCUAUUACAGUUAAUUUUCUCACUUUUCUGCUUGUUUGUUCAGUCUGAAUUAAAAUUAGAGUUUGAAAAUAAA